UUUAUUGUGACAGAUUGGGUUAAAACACAAAACUUUUUUUGAGGUUAUUUUUACUUAGGGUGACUCUUGCAUUUUCAUUUUGGGCGUGAAGUCGUUUAACACGAUGGAUAAUUCAUUGAAAAUUGAAGACGUGUUCAUCCAAAUUAGGGAUAAACUUCAAAAAGAAAGUGUUAAAUUAUGGUUACUGCCGUAUUAUGAUUCGCAAAAAGGACCAUCCGAAGAUGACUUACAGAGAUUAGCUGCUGAUUAUGCGAGAACUCUUCAACUACCCCAACAAUCAUGUUUCGCCGCUCUUUUGGAACUUCAAUCGAAUGCAUUGGAAAAAUUAAAACAAAGAAAUCGUUUUAAAGAAUCAGGUUUGGCUACGUUAAAAAUAAAAGUAUUAAAGCAAAGCGGGACUCCUAAAGUAAUCGUUAAAGAAGUUCCGCUUACAAUGAUUGGGGAAGAAUUUAAAAAAUCUAUAAUUGAUGAAAUUGGGGUUCCUUUGGAUCAAUGUAAAUUAAUAAGUGGGGGGAUUGUUAUUAAAGAUUUAGAUACGCUGGGCGAGCAAGGUAUAAAGAACGGAAGUCAAGUUUUAGCUAUUAUUUUAGUUGAGAGUUUAUCUAAUAUAAAAGAAGAUGAAAAUAGAGUUAGGGAAAUUGAAUCUACCAGGGCUGAUACAUUUUUAUUAGCUUCUGAUGAUGGAUAUAUGCAACUUGAAGAUCAACAUGGAAAUGCAAUAAACAUCCCAAUGAAAGAAAAGAAAGCUUUAAUGGUCGCCAUGGCUUUACACGAAAAGGGAAGAUCUGCACUUAAAAAAGAAGAUUUUGCCAAAGCAUUGGUUUUCUUCUUAGAUGCAGACAAAGAAUUUAGCAUUUGUAACGCGCAAAUUUUAAAUUCCGUCGACAAUUACGCCCUUUUAGACUUAGAUAUCGCGUGGUGUUAUUUAUGCCUGCAAAGUUUUGUUCAUUUACCAGAAGCUUACGAAAGAUUAAAGCGCUGCGAAGAUCGAUUCCAUCAAACUUACGGCCCCAAUUUAGAGAGAUUAUUAGCUGUUAAAGGAACAACAGGAAACGAAGCUGCUCUUUUAAUGCGCUUACAUUUAAUGCAAGCAAUCGUUUUAUAUCAUCAAAAUAAACGAACCGAAGCCAAACAGUUAUUAAUACGCGUCGAGGGGGAAUUAAAUAAAUUAAAAGUUGAUGAGAAUAGUUUAUUAAUGUUGGUUGAAUUAGGUUAUAGUAUCGCUGAAUCUCGAUUGGGGUUAAGAGCAACUCAAGGUGAUGUGAAUAUGGCUGCAAAUCAUAUCAAUGAAAUAAGAACCAAAAGAAUGGAAAGUAGGAAUAAAGCUAUGGCAGAAAGGAUUUUGCAAAGGGAGAGAAAGAAAUUGGGUCUUUGCAUUGAUGGUAAACAAUAUGUUGAUCCAAACUACUUAAAAAUGUUGGUUAAUAUGGGUUAUGGUAAAGAAGCAGCUCGAAUUGCUCUACAAAAAACGAAUAACAUCAUUUCUGAUAGUAUCCAGUACAUACAAGAAAAUCCAGUUCCCGGACCGAGUAACACAAAAAGUCAAGAGAUUUUAGCGUUCAUUGAAGAUUUAAUCCCAGAACUUGAAGCUGCUGGUUUUACUUACGAAAUGUCUAAAUUAGCUUUGAAAAAGCAUAGCGGUGAUGUUAUGAAAGCGGCGGAAGAUUUAUUAAUUAAUAAUGGGUUAAUUGAAGGAUUAGAAGAUCUUUUAGAUGAUGAUAAAAACGUUCAGGAUAAGGAGCAACGUGAAAAAGAACGUAAAUUAAAAGAGGAGGCUUUUAACAGACUUUGUCAAGAUAUUUCAAUAGCGGAUGAUGAUCAUUUAGAUUUAAAUCUGUUAAAAGAAGAGGUUUUCUUACAACAGUAUUUGGAGUUAUUACAAAGUGAUUAAAAAAAAGUAGGUACGAUUAAAACACCAUAUCAAAAUUAAAAUAAUAUA